AUGAUUUUUCACCAGGCAGUGAGGUCUGUAUUGGCUCCGCGUCGCGGUGCUAUCGCGGAGCUGCUGCCAGAUCAUGCCUCCACGAAGAGAUAUCGAGGUCAUCCCACUAGGAGGAAUGUUGAACCUCAGGAUUAUGGGGUAUCCAAUACACUGGAAGUGCAACCCCAAGGAGAGGUCACAAAUUUUGAGUUCCAAGAUGUUAUCCUGAUUAUGAGUCAAGUGGUGGUCAAACAAGCUAGUGAGCAGAAAGGGGAUCGACGGGAUGUGGCUAAUACAUCUAGGAUCUGUGAGUUAUUAAGGAUGAAUCCUCCAGACUUCACCAGUUCAAGUGUCACUGAGGAUUCAGAAAACUUUGUGGAAGAGCUACAGAAGGUUUUUGAGGUUAUUGAGCGAGUGGAACUAUAUGCAUACCAAUUGAAGGGUGUUGCUAAAGUAUGGUACAACCAAUGGAAGAAAAGUAUAGCUAAAGGUGCACCAAUUGUUGAGGAAGAUAAGCUGAGAUAUAGAGAAGAGUCCUGGAACAAGAAAUCUAAGACAACAAGAAAUGAGUCUGGGCAGUAG